AUCACUCCACCGUUCAGGCCAACCUUCACUCAUCUAUAUAUUCAACUCUCACACUACUCUUUUCUCUUGUGUAACAUUGCUUUCUCUCUUCUCCUUCACCUCAUUCUCAGUCUGCAACAACACCUUUCUCUACCUUGCAUUUUCAACUUACUUUCUUCUUUUCAUAUCACUCAUGUCUUGCUUAGAGUCUGAGCUCUGCAAAGAGAGCAAGUUUGAGGAAGAAGCAGAAGAGGUUACUCUUGAUGGAAGUGUUGAUUUUCAUGGUGGUCCUGCUAUAAGAGCCAAAUCUGGAAGAUGGGUUGCUGGAAUUAUCAUACUCUUGAAUCAAGCUCUGGCAACUCUUGCAUUCUUUGGGAUGGGAGUGAACCUAGUGCUGUUUCUGACAAGGGUGGUAGGACAGAAUAAUGCUGAUGCAGCUAACAAUGUGAGCAAAUGGACCGGAACAGUUUAUAUAUUCUCUCUUGUGGGUGCUUUCCUCAGUGAUUCUUAUUGGGGAAGAUAUAAAACUUGUGCUGUCUUUCAGGUCAUCUUUGUUAUAGGUCUAAUGUCCUUAUCCCUGUCAUCAUACCUAUUCUUACUUAAGCCUAAAGGUUGUGGGAAUGAAACAAUUCACUGCGGAAAACAUUCAAGAUUGGAGAUGGGAAUGUUUUACCUCUCAAUAUAUCUAGUUGCCUUGGGUAAUGGAGGUUAUCAACCAAAUAUUGCCACAUUUGGAGCUGAUCAGUUUGACGAGGAGCACUCAAAGGAGGGUCACUCAAAGGUGGCCUUCUUUAGCUACUUCUACCUGGCUUUUAAUAUCGGCCAACUUUUCUCAAACACCAUUCUGGUCUAUUUCGAGGACGAAGGAAUGUGGGCUCUUGGUUUCUGGCUGUCUGCAGGUUCUGCCUUUGCUGCACUGGUCUUGUUUCUUGCAUGCACCUCCAGGUAUAGACACUUCAAGCCCAGUGGCAACCCUCUUUCUAGGUUCAGCCAAGUCGUUGUGGCUGCAUCAAGGAAAUCCAAAGUUCAAAUGUCAUCAAAGGGAGAGAACUUACUUCACAUGGAUGCAAAGGAGUCUUCCACGAAUGGAAACAGAAAGAUUCUCCACACUCAUGGGUUCAAGUUCUUGGACAGAGCAGCAUUUAUAUCUUCAAGAGAUCUAGAUGAUCAGAAAGGGAAUGGUCACAACCCCUGGCGUCUCUGUCCAGUAAGUCAAGUUGAAGAGGUGAAGUGCAUACUGAGACUUCUUCCAAUUUGGCUCUGCACCAUAAUAUACUCUGUGGUUUUCACACAAAUGGCUUCACUUUUUGUGGAGCAAGGUGCUGCCAUGAAAACCACUGUCUCCAAUUUCAGAAUACCACCAGCUAGUAUGUCCAGCUUUGAUAUACUCAGUGUGGCAGUUUUCAUUUUCUUCUACCGCCGAGUUCUUGAUCCGUUUGUGGGAAAACUCAAAAAGACAGAUUCCAAGGGACUCACAGAACUUCAGAGAAUGGGAGUUGGACUUGUUAUAGCAGUACUGGCAAUGGUUUCAGCUGGAUUAGUUGAAUGCUAUAGACUUAAGUACGCAAAACAAGGAUGCCUCCACUGCAAUGACACAAGCACUUUAAGCAUCUUCUGGCAGAUCCCUCAGUAUGCAUUUAUAGGAGCUUCUGAGGUUUUUAUGUAUGUAGGCCAGUUGGAGUUCUUCAACGCUCAGACACCAGACGGCUUAAAGAGCUUCGGAAGUGCACUUUGCAUGACAUCCAUUUCUCUUGGGAACUAUGUGAGUAGCUUACUAGUUAGUGUGGUUAUGAAGAUAUCCACCGAAGAUCACAUGCCAGGGUGGAUCCCUGGAAACCUCAAUAAAGGUCACUUGGAUAGGUUUUACUUCCUCUUAGCUGCCUUGACGUCCAUAGAUUUGAUUGCCUAUAUUGCAUGUGCAAAAUGGUACAAGUGCAUACAGCUAGAGGAGAAAAGUGGUGAAAGUAAUGAGUCAAAAGUAUAAUUUGCAGGGGAUAUCAAUCAAAGGCCAUGGGUACCACAUAUAUUAAUAAGAGAAAGAAAGGGAAACUAGUCAAAUAUAAUCUUGGUUCUAUUGUUACAGUUGGAAGAAAUAGUUUGCAGGUUUGCAGAAAGUGAAACCCUUCUUACAUGAGUUUCUGACUCUCUUACAACUUGACUCUGUAUUUUUAAGGCAUAAACCCUUGAAGCCAAGUUGUGUAAAACAAAAAUUUGAUGAGACAAUGACUGUUUUAGGGUACUUAGACAUUUCCUUUCUCUCAUUUGUAAGUGCCAUUUUAAAGACGAAGUUAACUCUGC